UCAAAAUCUGAUAAAUUUAUUCAAUUGCCAUAGUCUGUAGUGAGUAGUGUCAGAGUCCAUAGUCAUAGUCAUAUUGUCUAUGACAUGAUUUAAAAGUUACAUGUUUAACGGUAUGUUUUCAUAAAUAUAAACUUCGUGAAUUAACUUGUUGAUGUAAUUGCUGUACUUGCGUUUAUUUUUGCGUCAUCAUGAAUGGAAACAGAGAAUCUACGUCUAAUAGCAUAAAGUUUGCGCCAGUACCAAUGUCUGCACUCCUUGCCAAUUUGAUGUCUCACCAAACUGAUGAUUUGGACUCCAGUUUUACCACGGAUGAAAGUUUGAAUGAGGAUGAUUCUUUAAUUUGUGAAACUUUACCUAAAAAGGAAACAUUACAUACUCAAAUAGGCGAUCAUUUCACUCCUCAGUGUAAUAUAUCUAAAAGUAUUAAGAGCUUUUCAUCGGAAAGAAAAUUAUCUAAUGCUAAUAAAGAAAAUCUAAUUGUUUCACAAGGCCGAAGAAUUAAAGAAUCACAAAGUGCUCGCAAACCUCCCAAAUGCUAUCUAAGCCCUAUCGAUGAUGUUAGUGCAGAGAAGAAAAAAUCUAAUGAUGUUUUGCUGCCUCUUAAUACCAAUAGUAAAAUACCGCAAAUUAAGCCUAAUUCUACCCAUAAAAGGACUCCUGAAAUGAUUAAAUCUCAAAAUAGUAUGAGAAAAGCAAAAGUUGCUACUCCUGUAAUAAAGUCUGGUAUAAGAAAAUUUACCCCAGGUUCAGCUAAACAUAGUCAAAAGAAGGCUACACUUCCACAAGUUUUACAAAACAGGGAUAAAGUAAAAUGUGAGUUGUUUAGGCAGAAGCAGGUAGAUGGUCCACCUCCUGACCCACCUGCACCUAUGCAAGCACCUGUUACAACUUCAGUUCCUCAAACACCUAUUAAUAAAAAGCCAAUGUCUGCAUCUUAUGUGGCAACCCCAUCCUAUCCACAAGGUGUGAUUGGGAACAACAGUGCUAAUAAUUCAAAAAUACUAUUUAAAACAACAAGUAUCAAAGACAAGAAAUACAUGUUUAUAAAAAAGUUGGGAACUGGUGGAUCCAGUGAAGUUUACAAGGUUUUAGAGGUAGGCACUUCAUGUGAAUAUGCUGUUAAGUGUGUAAAUCUUGCAAUGGACCAUGAUCUGGCUCAAGGCUACAUCAAUGAAGUGAGAUUGCUCCGAGAGCUUCAAAACUCAGAUAGAGUUAUAAAAUUAUAUGACUAUGAGUAUGAUAGACAGAACCAAUUCCUCCGUAUGGUACUCGAAGCAGGUGAGACAGAUCUAUCAUCAUUUCUCCGAGCUCGGGGUGCAGGCCUGCCCCCAGCUCUAGUCCUGCACUAUUGGGAGGAAAUGUUACAUGCUGUACAUUAUAUACAUGAAAAUGGUGUUAUCCAUGCCGAUUUAAAGCCAGCAAAUUUUCUAUUAGUAUGUGGACAGCUGAAAUUAAUUGAUUUUGGUAUUGCAUCCGCUAUAAGUGGUGACGCGACAAGUGUUGUACGAGCACAAGCGGCCGGGACCUAUUCCUAUAUCAGUCCCGAAGCACUCAUGGGCGGUGCAGGGGGUUAUAAUAAUAGUGCUAAUAUUAAGAUCUCAUUCAAGUCAGAUGUGUGGUCACUGGGCUGUAUACUGUACAGUAUGGUGUAUGGUCGGACGCCAUUUGGUCAUAUACCUAACUUGGCCAAGUUAGCAGCUAUACUUGACCCUAAUCAUCGCAUUGAAUAUUUGCCAGCUGAACAUCUGCCUUCAUCACUUAUAUCAGCGCUAAAAUGGUGCCUCACAUACAACUCCCGGGCCCGGCCUUCCGUGCGAGAAUUAUUGGCAAUUCGACAUUUGCAGCCCCAUGGAAGGCAUUUGCCGGACUGUUUAAUAGAAAAGGUCAAAGCUCAUGUCAGCCCCGAAGAACUGCGACUUCUCCAGCAAGCUAGAUUGUAAAUAUUCUAAGUCACUUGUAUUAGACGUUGUGUCGAUAUUAAAGACAAAUUUCCAAACAAAAUAUAUGUAUAUUGAAUAGGGAUAUGAAGAGAACUAUGUAUGACGUCUCGAUCAACCACAAUGAAAUUAUUUUGUAUAUACGAAGAGCUAAUCUUCGGUGGGGUUAAAAUGUAUUAAGCAGUGUCCACACUAUGCCGCGGUAGGCCUGGCGGGCUAAGCCGGGCAGGGUACGUUCGGGUCGGCACGACGUCCACACCGAAAACGAAGCCGACCGGGUUAUUUCUACCUACGUUAUUUUGUUUCAACACGAAUACUGGUGACUUAGUUGAAGAGUGCUUUUUAGAAGUUUUUUUAAAGUGUCCUUAAAGUGUUUACCGACUAUGACGUCGCUAUGUUAGCCAUGGCUGUGGUGAUACUCGCUUUAAAUCAGCCCCCAAAAAGACGUCAAAGAAGAUUUUGGAUUAGCCCGAGCCUUAUGAGAGGACGGCAGCUGUACAGGGUUAGCGAAUUGAAAGAUUUAAUUUUGGAAGAAGACCCGUUGAAUUUAGAAUACCGAAAUGACGUUGGUUUCAGCAACUUUUUUCGAAUGCAGCGGUCGGACUUUCAAAUGCUACCCAAUAAAAUUAUUCGUCUAGUUCGGUCGGAGGUUUAAUUAUAACUGAAGUCGGGGCCGCUCGGCACGUCCCCACUCUAUAUUUUUGCCGGCUCGGCUAUGAUCUGUACCUACUUUAUGCGGGUUGGGAUCGGCACGGCACGGGCCGGCAUUUUCUAACCCGACAAAGCCGCCCGGGGUGUCUACAUCAACGCGGCUUAGGCCGCCCGGGUCA